UUAAAAAAUACUAUUUGUAACACGUGUAUUUAAAAAUAGAUCAGAACGGCAUACGUGACGUUGUCGCGCACACACAUUUUAGACGCCGGACCAGAAGAACCCGUAUGUAAACAAGUGUGAAAAUGGCGGCGCCCUUGUUUAGGUUCUGCGGGAAGGCGAGCAGGCAGCUGACGCAGCCGUGGGCUUCGUGCCGGCCGUUUGUCCGUCGCUUUUCCGCUCCAGCAGCCGGAUUUCCUCCUUUACAGACGUACUCAGAGGAGGAGGCCAUGAUGAAGGAGACGGUGAAAAGGUUUGCUCAUGAACGCAUCGCUCCGUUUGUGUCCAAGAUGGAUGAAAACUCUGCGAUGGAGCCUGAAGUGAUCAGAUCUCUGUUUGAGCAGGGGUUGAUGGGGCUCGAGAUAAGCACAGCGUAUGGCGGUACAGGAUCCUCCUUCUUCUCCUCCAUCCUGGUGAUUGAGGAGCUAGCGAAGGUGGACCCGUCCAUAUCGGUGCUGUGUGACAUCCAGAACACGCUGAUCAACACACUGAUUAUCAAAUUGGGCACCGAGGAGCAGAAAGAAAAAUAUCUUCCUCGCCUCGCCACUGACACGGUCGGGAGUUUCUGUUUAUCUGAGGCCGGCUCGGGGAGCGAUGCUUUCUCUCUGAGGACCAGAGCAGAGAAACGUGGAGAUCAGUUCGUCAUCAACGGAUCAAAGAUGUGGAUCAGCAGUGCAGAGUACGCUGGAGUGUUCCUGGUCAUGGCUAAUGCUGAUCCCUCAGCUGGUUACAGAGGGAUCACCUGCUUCAUUGUGGAUCGCGACACUGAGGGGCUUCACAUCGGCAAGAAGGAGAACAAACUGGGGCUGAGAGCCUCAUCUACCUGUGCACUCACCUUCGAUAAUGUCACGGUGUCAGAGAAGAACAUCCUGGGUGAAGUGGGGCAGGGAUAUAAAUACGCUAUCGGGAUGCUGAACGAAGGCCGGAUCGGGAUCGCAGCACAGAUGCUGGGUUUGGCUCAGGGAUGUUUCGAUCACACCGUUCCAUACACCAAACAGAGGGUCCAGUUCGGGAAACCCAUCUUUAGCUUCCAGGCGAUGCAGCAUCAGAUUUCUCAUGUUGGCACUCAGCUGGAGGCGGCGAGGCUGCUGACAUACAACGCUGCGAGGUUGAGGGAGGCGGGGCGACCCUUCAUUAAAGAGGCCUGCAUGGCCAAGUACUUCUCCUCAGAGGUGGCCACGUUAACCACGUCUAAGUGCAUCGAGUGGAUGGGAGGCGUCGGAUUCACCAAGGACUAUCCUAUAGAGAAAUACUACAGAGACUGUAAAGUAGGUACCAUCUAUGAGGGAACGACCAACAUUCAGCUGAGCACUAUAGCAAAAUACAUCGGACAGGAGUAUGACUAAUGAACACACACACACACACACACACAUCAAAAUGCCAAUGAACAGCGGCAAUAACAGCCUCUUCCUCACGCGGGGGUUCGAAAACUAUUUCAUCAUGCUGGGUUUUAAUCAGGUUUCAGUGACGACAAAACAGGAGAAAAAGUUACAGUCAUCGUUUUUGUCCAAUUUGCAGCUUUUUGUAAUUUAAAAGAACUUUAAGACUCUAAAUGAAAUAAACUCUGUGUUUGUUUAAUAAAGUUUUAUUUAAUAAGUAAUGAUCUCGUAUCACUAGCAGUUUCACUUCAGACUGGUUCAUGUAGCUGUAAUAUGGUGAUGAGCCUGUUGUGUUUUGUUACUGACUGAUUUGUCUCUGUUCUUCUUCCUGUGUGAAUGAUUCACCGUUUAAUUUCAAAUAAAUAGGUUUUAAUGUGUGAUGGAAA